CGGUGAGUCACCCUGUCAGUCAGUCCGUCUGUCCCCGGCUGCUCAGCGUCUCUCUGCCCGCAUGCACCGAGCAGGACCGGCUGCUGUGGGAUAUAUUUCUCGGAGUGAACACCUGGAUUACUAACAACAAAGUAUUUUAUAUUUGCUUUCAUUUUUUAUUAUCAUACCGACAAACCUGCCACCAUGUCUCGCGUUCCGGAUGAUGUGAGCAAGCUUACAGAGAGCACUUACAAGAAUGUGAUGGAGCAGUUCAACCCAGGCCUGAGGAAUCUUGUCACCCUCGGGAAGAACUAUGAGAAAUCAGUGACAGCGAUGACUCUUGCCGGGAAAACCUAUUUUGAUGCAGUAGCGAAGGUCGGAGAGAAUGCAAUUGUGUCUCCAGUCUCCAGAGAGCUCGGUGUGGUUCUGAUGGAGAUCUCUGAUGCUCACAGGAAGGUCUUCAGUGAACUGGACGAGAACUUCAAGAGGUUCCACAGAGAGAUCAUCAUCGAGCUGGAGAAGAAGACAGAGAUGGAUGUGAAGUACAUGAAUGCCACCUUCAAGCGCUAUCAGUCGGAGCACAAGGUGAAGCUGGACUCUCUGGAGCGCUCGCAGACAGAACUGAAGAAGCUCAAGAGGAAAAGCCAGGGCAAGCAAUCCUCCAAGUAUGAGAUCAAAACAAAUGAGUAUGUGGAGACCAUCUCGUCGCGCCAGAUGGACAUGCAGAAGUUCAUGGCUGACGGUUGUAGAGAGGCCCUUCUGGAAGAAAUGAGACGCUUCUGUUUCCUGGCGGACAAACACUGCGUGUUCUCCGAUCAAAUCAGCAACUUCCACCAGAAAGCCAAAGACAUGCUGUCUAUUAAGCUUCCCAGCUGGCAGGAGAAGUGCAGCGACAUCACCAAGGUGCCAGACAAGGUGACCAACAUGAUAGAGGAGCUGUCCAGCACUCCAGAACAAUCGCCGCUGGUUGAACGCUACAACAGGAACAAUGUUGGGUCAGGGGUUCCUCCCCCAGCACCGCCACUGAAAGCACACACCAGUCCACUCGCCGACAUGUUCAACCAGCAGCCCAGGUUCUCGCUCCCACCCUCUUCAGACCCCAUCUCAGACCAGAACAGUUUCGGAGAGCUCAGUCUGUCCCGGUCCACGUCCCAGUCGUCCGGUCUCAACGUGGCCAGGAAGGCCCGGGUGAGGACCAUCUUUCCCCACACGGCUGGAAACAACAACACACUCCUCAGCUUCGACGAAGGAGAGAUCAUCUCCCUGCUCAUCCACGAAGAGAAGGACGGCUGGCUGUACGGAGAGCUGGAGAAGACACAGCAGCGUGGGUGGUUUCCCUCAUCCUACUGCAGACCGUACUCUGACCUAGUGAUAUCAAACAGCAAUCUGAGCACGCCGGUGCGCAGUCUGAGUGUGUCCAGUCUGCAGGAGCAGGAUGAGGAGGAGCCGGUGUUGCUGCCCCCCCCAGACUACAGUGACGACACCCCCUCCGGCCCCGUCGCCUCAACGCCCUCCCCAAAAAGCACGGUUUCUUUAGUCAAUGGGACUGCAAAAGCUCCCUUUCUAGGGGGAGGGAAUCCAUUUGCCACAGUGAAGCUGAGACCAACAGUCACGAAUGACAGAUCAGCACCACACGUCUAAUACACACACACAAUAAAUGUUCACCGCUGUCAUGCCUUUAGGGGAAUCGUGCAACAUGGGAGCCCAGCGACACACACCGAAUAACACCCCAACCCGCCAUCUCAGCUGCCUGCAUGCUAGUCCCUCUCAGCCCGCUCUAUUAAAGGGAUCCAUUGUUUCUUGGCGUGUGUUUGACUGUGCCGGUGUGCGUUUUACUUUAGCCACAAACAAAAACACCGCAGAAUCAGGAGGUCUGCCAAGGUGUUUGGAGUUAAAGUGAUAAUUCACCCCAAAGUGAAGAUUUAGUCUGUGUCUAAAUACUAACUUAGUGAUUAUUUGAAUCGUAAUUUGGACUGACACAUUGUGUGUUUCUGUGGUGACUUCAUAAGAAAUGCGGCCACAGUUUCUGCAGUUAAUUGCUUUUAAUGGAAAGCAGUGGCAGUUUGUACCUGCUGUACAUUUCAUUUUAACAGAGAGUAAACACAAUGAACAGUGCAUGAUGAUGAAGCUGAUAUCAUGUGAUAAAGUGUAUAUUUUGCUGAUAUAAAAAUGCACUGGAUUACAUUGCAGACUACUGAUAAAACCCAGAGUGCUAUGUAGAGAGGUACAAACUGAAUGUACAGUAAAUACGUUGGAUGGCUAUUGCAAGACUCUAAACGGUGCAAAAAUGGCAUUUAAUUUAAUUAAAUUCUUAUGUAUUAUAACUUCUAACUUGGGAAAAAAUGAAAAAUAGCAAAAGCUUUAAACACAGACUCUUCCCAUAGUACUUAAAACAACGUUUAACCGAUGAAAAUGGAACUCUGAAAACUAAAAUAGUUAACCUUUCAACUUCUAAAUUCUCCAGAAACUUGACAGACAUUUUAUGCAUUCAUUUCAAACUGACUUCAGGAUUGUAAAACAAGGCUGAGAUAAAAGCUUAUAGACACCAAUGGAGUUUCUACAGACAUGCUAACAAGGAGAUACAAACCUGAAUCUUCAUUUUGGGGUGAACUGUCCCUUUAGGAUGCAAACGAGACGCUCACUGUGUCAGGAGGUCUUUCCAGGCUCAGUCAGAGCAGUGAUUUAAAUGAAAGGGAUCUGAAGGAGAGGAUUAGCACUCAGGCUGCUUAUACCUGACUUGCCCAAAUAUAUAUAUAUAUUGUUAUUUUCUGUUUUUAUUAUAAUUAUUUUUCGUCUUUCUUAUGAUGGACACCGGUUGUGAGAAUGAAGGGAGAGUGACGUGUUGGGAAAUUGUCAUUUGAGUGAAGGCACAACAGUUUGUCGCUGUUAAUAAUGAGAAGGCUAUUUAUAUAUACUAUGUUUGUAUAGGAUAUUUAAAUAAGGAAAUGUGUACAGAAGGUUAUUCUGUGAAGGCGCCCCUUUAAUAUCAUUUUGAAUUGACUGAUGGUAUGUAUUUUAAAUUACCUUUUUGAUGCAAGGAUUAUUUUUCACGCCUCACACUGAUGUUUAAUGUGUACAAAUGCACAGUGUAAACAAGAUAAAAAAUGUACCGUACUGGUAGACAUUUGGAUUGUAUGGAUAAAGUGGGUCGUUCAAAUCUAAGUAUUAACUGUUUUGCGCGGACUUUACGAGAGUGAAAAUAUAUAAUGAGAAACUGAACAGUUCAUUGAUCCUCAUUGACCCACUCGCGUGUGUGUAAGUGAACCUGUCAUAGUUAUCGCCACAUGCUUUCUUCAGAGUAUACCUUGCCACUGUGUUGACAAAUGUAGUCUUUUUUUCUCAAUAAAACAGAUGGAAAUUCAA